AUGAUAACCUUUUUUCAGGUUUCCUGUGGAUGCCAAGGGCCCUGCAAAUCGAAGCGAUGUAACUGCCGAAAAGCCGGUCUAAAGUGCAACCCUGCUUGCAAAGUAUGCCGCGGAAAAUCGUGCAACAACUCAAAGAGAUGGACUGCUACAGAACACCAUGAUAGCGAAACUCCGACUACUACAGAUGCAUGUGAGGAGGACGGUGGACAAACUACCGUAGAGCCUGAUAAUGAUGACUUAACAGAAGAUGAUGAGACCUCAUCAAGCGGCCACAAUGCAACGACCGAUGACGAGGAAAUUAACGAAGGACUUUAA